GUUUGAAUGAAAACCGCCGAUAGAGGCUGAUAGGCCUUCCGAGCGGCUGGUGGAGUGCUUGGUCUCAUCCUCCUGGUUGUGCAGGCAAUGAUUUCUUUACAGCAAAAGAUUUUAAACUUAAUCAAACAUUUCAGAAGACAAUGGCCCUUAUUUUCAAACUCUGAAAGGACUACUGUAUGUGGAGCCGAUUGCAUGCUGACAGCAUUACAACUGUCCAUGGCUGAAGUAAAUAAACAGCACCAUGGAGAUUUCACAGCAUCACUCAGUGAUGUGAUGGAAACUUGGAAAUAUUUGUUACAUGACAAACUAGGAUUAUUGUAUGAGAACAUGGAAGAACCUGAAAAUUAUGCUGACUUUAAAAGGGCCUAUCAUACUUUCUUAGCAAGCAGCAAUAUGUUAGAUGUAAUAGACAUAUAUCAAAAGUGCUGUGCUCUUGCACUUGUCUCUGAAGAUGAAAGUAUUGCCCCCGUUCAACUGCUAGAAUUUAUUUCUGGUGGAAUGAAUGUAUCAAGAAGUAAUGAUUCUGUUCUUCCUUCUACACCGGUCUACAGACAGGAUCAGAACAAUGUGAAGGUGAUGCUCUUUGCCAAGAAGUGUUUUUAUUCAUAUUUAAGCCUGCUGGUGAAUUCUAAGGAUGAUCUGGCACUGGCUCGUAUUCUAAACAUUCCUGACAGAGGACUUGGUAGAGAAGCCUUCACUAAACUAAAACAUGCCUCACAGGAGAGAAACAUGUCAAUUUUCCUGAUGGCAACAUCUUUUAUCCGAACAGUAGAACAUGGAGGAAAAGGCUGUGCAGCUUCAUUAUUUGAUCCACUAAGAGUCCACCUAAAGGGGCUUUCUAACUUCAUUAAUUUUAUUGACAAGCUGGGAGAAAUUAUUGGUGAAAUCCCAGAUCCAAGAGUUGCAGGGGGGCAAAUUCUGUCAACAGUGAAGAUGCAUUUGAUGAAAGGCCGAAGCAAUGGGGAUCCUUUCUAUCAGGCAGUAGAGGAAGUUGUACAAGAUUUGGAUUUGAGGAUUAAAAAUAUUAUCGAUUCACAACAUGAAGUCUUGACUGUUAGUGCCACUGGAGUCAGUCCAACACGGUAUGUUCUCUUUAACGUUAUUCGCUUUCAGCCAAAAUUGCAUUCCAUAAACCAUGGCACUGCAUAUUGUGGCAGAGAUACCAUAAAGGUCUUACUAGUUCUUCUUGAUGAAGAAGCAGUCAGCGCUCCUACCCAGAACAAAGCGGAAUUAUUAUAUGAUGAUGUAAACUUAAUUAUGUUUGGAAGCAUCUCUGUUUUGACACUCUUCAGAUCGCCAGCACAGUCCAAAGAAUCUGCUCCAAAACCUCUUAGACAGCGUAUUCAGAAGUCUGUGGAUGAAAAAAUAAGUAAGAUGGAGCAAUCUUCAAUCAAAUCUCAGUUUGCAUGUACAUACAAAAAUGAGCUGAGUAAAAUAAGGGAUCAGCACUUCCUCAGCAGUAGACAAAUGCCAGCCUGCAUAAAUCCUGCACCAAAGCAACAUUUGCAAGGUAAAUAUUUCACAGAAGGUAUGAAUUCAUGUCUUGACAUACCAGUGCUUGGAACUAUUUCUGAAAAUGUUCAUCAGAGUAAAAAUUAUAGAGAAAUGGGGAAAUUGAGUUGUCAGCCAAGGAACAAGAACUCCAAGAAUGAACAGAUGGAUUUGAAUAAUGACAAAGUUAUCUAUGAUGAGGAAAGUGAAAUAUCUUUGCCAAAAAAUGCUAAGAAACGUAAGACUUCAAACAACCCUCAGAAGAAAUUGGACAGCAAAAUUGAUGGAAAAAGAAAGAACAACAGAACUGCAAGCAAGAAUAAAUUGAUUGUUGGUCAGGCAAAAUUAACUCAAUUUUUUAAAGUGUAACUUUUUAUUUUUACCUGCAUUGUCUAUUGAGCAUUUCAGAAGUGAGAUUUUGUAAGAAAAAGGUGAAAUUCAUGAUUUGCUUUUCUUCAUACUCAAAUCAAUGAAAAUAGCUUGUGUGUAUAAUUAGACAAAUACUUACAAGUCUGAUUAUGCAGGUAUCUUUUAUUUUUGUUAAGAAUACAUCAGUAUUGACAACUAUGCUCUGUUUUGGUAAUGAAUUAUGCUUCUCUCAACAUUGCAAUAUAAUGAAAAUAAUGUUAGAUGCAUAUGUGUAGGAAUACUAAGACACAAAUAUCUUCCAAUCAUGUUAAACUCACAAUAAAAUAUUUAAUCUUUUUCAAAGAAGGUGCUGUGAGUCAGUAGUUUUCAGACUUGCCAACAAGGUCGAUAGACUCUUCCCAGCAUGCAUCUGAGCACUACAGGAAUAUAAAGCGAAAGUUUAAAAUAGCAAAGAACUAGAAUUCUGUAUGGCCUACUAAUGCCUACACCCCACCCCCCAGACUGUUUACAGUAGAGGCAAGUUGGAAAUGCAGGAUUUAAAUAGCACUAACAAAUCCCAGAUAUUAAAUGGAGUUUCUAACUGUGCUUUUAAGAAAUGGUUUCAGAGACACUGAAGUAUACCUUACCAGAAUUAAUCUAAAAAAAAGAAGAGAGAAAAAAAUAAAAUGUACUUACUGUCAAAAUCUCUCCUUCCUAUGGGGAAUUUAGCUGAAUUUUCUUCUUCCACUGUCUCUCUUUCCUGUAUUGAUUCAAUAUUCUGAAUCUCAGUGUCAGCUGGAAAAGCAAUGGCUCCCUUCACUGCAAGAUAAGGUAGUUGCUUUCUGCCUGCACUGAUAGGUACACCAUGAUUUAAGAAAUCAUGUCUGGAAUCAGUGUCCUGUUUUAAGAAGAAA